CUUACCAUCCCUGUUGUACUUUGUGAUUAGUUACCUUCCAUACAAUGGGAGAUUCCCAAGAUGCAAAAGGUAAGGGUCAAUAUCAUUCAUGGUCUGGACCUGAAAACAGAUUGUUAUUACGCUCACUGGUGGAUGUGAUCAACAAUGGUUUCCGUGAUGCUAGCGGUAAAUUCAAUAAGCUAACUUUCGAGACAAGAGUAUUAUCAGUUCUACGCCAACAACUUGGAUCGAAGAAAACAUAUGGCCACUACAAAAAUAGGAUGAAGAUCCUGAAAACCAGGUACCAUAAUUUGACAGAUUUUCUUCGUUGUAACUCUGGUUUUGGGUGGGACCCUGAAACAAACAAGUUCACAGCAGAUGAUGAAGUAUGGAAAGUCUAUUUAAAGGCUAAUCCCAAUAAUAAAUACUUGCGUGAUGAUUCAUUUGAAGAUUUUGAGGAGUUACAAAUGAUAUUUGGACAAAACACUGCAAGAGGGCAGAAUGCUGUGGGGUUAGGUGAUGAUGUUAAUCCUUUUAACUCUCAAAUUGAAGACAGUGAGAGGGCAAAUGAUAUAAGUUUUGUCCAGAUGAUGAAUAGUGGAGAAGAUAUAAUACACCAACAAGGUUAUGAAAACGUAGUUUUUUCUUCAUUAGAAAAAAGUACGGGAGAAAAACUUCCCCUAAGAAAGAAAGCCAGAACUGAUUCUUAUUUAGAUAAGGCUUGUGAGGAGGUGACAGAAAUCAGUAGCCAAAUCUUUGGCAUGAUACAGAAACGAUGGGAAAAAGAAGAUGAAGAGAAAGAAGCUAAGGACAAAGCUAACAAUGUGUGGGAUGCUAUCAACGAAAUUCCUGAUUUGGAUGAUGAUUUACGGUAUGAAGCUAUGACUCUUGUUCACAGUUUAGGCAUGAAAUCUGGAUUCGUGAAGAUGUCUGUAGCUGAUCGUCGUGGAUGGAUAAAACAAAAUCUUCGUAAACAAAGUUGAUGAGGUUCAAUGCAUUGACAAAGGGUUGAAGUGUUAUGGGUGAUUUUUCCAUUUGUGGAGCUUUUCAGUUUUCUUAGGUUUUGAGUUUUUAUUAUUACUUUUAGCAAAUUGCUAUGGUUCUUUCAUUGGUUUAGCAACGAUUCAAUGUUUUUUUUAUUUAUUUAUCUAGUUUCAGAUCAUUAAAUAAAAUAUUUUCUGCUCCUACAAAAAUGCUUUUUCUUGAAGAAACGUAUAGAUAUCAUUAUAAGGUUUACUUACACCAACAAAGACUCUGUUUUAAUUUGGCGGUCAAAUUUGGCGGUGGGAUGGUUGUUACCUUUACCUUUAUUAAUUUUAUUUGACCUUAUCAAUUUCUUCGCUAUCUUGUUUCUCAACAAUUCAGAUGUUUAGAUUUUGUUAUGCUUGAUUUGUUCCAAUAUCUUUAUGUUGUUACCAUAUACAGCCGAAGAAUCUAGCAAAUAAAUAACAAAAAAAAAAAA